UAGUGAAAUGCGCCCAAAUUCAAGCCGAAUUCUGCAUUUAACCCGCAGGACAAGGUUUUUUUUUAACGUAAAGUCACAAUAUAACAAUAACGAGAGCAAUUCCUAGUUUCAGCAGCUAAAGAUUUAGAACAUUCGACAUUCAUUAAUCCUGGAUCUGGAUGAUGACCAAUCACACAAGCGGCCGCUCUGUGACAUCUGCCAGUCGAUUGCAUUGUCAACACAAAACACAAUGGCCAGUCCUGCAUCCCCAAUUAUUGUCCACCACCUGAACAACUCGCGUAGUCAGCGCAUCCUUUGGCUGCUUGAAGAACUUCAACUGCCGUAUGAGAUCAAGCGAUACCAACGGAAUGAGGACCAGCGGGCUCCUAAAGAGCUGGAGCAGGUUCAUCCUCUCGGAAAGUCACCUGUCAUUACUGACGGGAGGCACACGAUAGCCGAGUCUGGAGCCAUUGUUGAGUAUCUGGUAGAAACGUACGGGAACGGACGAUUGCGGCCAGCUGUAGGCACGGAUGAAAGGAUUCUCUACACGUACUGGUUGCACUUUGCUGAAGGAAGCACAAUGCCCCCUCUCCUCCUCACCCUUGUAUUUGGUCAUGUGCAAAAAUCAGUUCCGAGGAUCGUCAAACCCGUUGCAAAGGCCAUUGCCGGUGCUGUGCACGAAAAGGUCAUCGACCCAGAUCUGACGCGCAUUUUCAAUUACAUUGAGAAAGUGCUUACGGAGCAUGAAUGGUUUGCGGGCAACGAAUUUACGGCUGCUGAUAUUCAAAUGAGCUUUCCAUUGGAAGCUGCGUCACACCGAGCCCCCAAAUUCCUGGGUCCCAAGACUAAGGCCUUCCUCACAAAGAUUCAUGACAUGCCUGGGUACAAGAAGGCAUUGGAGAAGGGCGGGAAAUACGAUUAUGCGUAGCGUCUGCUUAUUAACAAACUGAUUCCGAUUUUUGGUUUAGUGAAUAUGUUUGAUCAUCACUGUACGUAGGUAUCGAUUAUAGCGGGCAUAUAAACCGAUUGUUACCAGUAUCUCUAGAAUAUAAACAUUCUCAUCAGAUA